AUGGGGUGGACCAGGAAACUGAGGGAGAGAAGCACAAAAACAGGAUUCAAGGCAGGAUUCCAAAUAACUCUCAAACAAGCAGCCAAUCAGAUCCCUCCUGAGUGUGUCCACCAGGUCACAGAGAUCCGUGGAUUCAGUGACCCCCAGAAAGAGGAGUAUUUCAGAAAUAGAAUCAGUGAUCUGAACCUGGCCAACCGAAUCAUCACACACAUCAGGUCAUCAAGAAGCCUCCAUAUCAUGUGCCACAUACCAGUCUUCUGUUUGCUUUCAGCCACUGUGCUUGAGAACAUGAUGAGUGAUGCAGGCACUGGUGAAAUCUCCAAAACUCUGACUGAGAUGUACACUCACUUCCUGCUCAUUCAGAUCAGUCUGAAGAAUAAGAAGUACCAUGGAACCACCAUGGAAAACCCAAAGAAACUGUCUCAAUUGGACAAAGAGAUGAUUCUGAAACUGGGAGAACUGGCUUUCCAAAUGCUAGAGAAGGAUAAUCUGAUAUUCUGUGAGGAGGACCUGACAGAGUGUGGCAUUGAUGUGAGUGAAGCAUCAGAGUACUCUUCAGUGUGCACAGAGAUCUUUAGAGAGGAGUUGGGGGACACGGUCUUCUGCUUUGUGCAUCUAAGCAUUCAGGAGAAUUUUGCUGCAGUGCUUACAAAUAUCUCUAAUGUACCAGACAUUAGAAGCCUUGUCACAGUAUCUCUGACAAACACGACAACAGAAGAUUUCAAAAACUUUAAAAGAAGACUGAAUGAAGAUUACCCAGAAUGCUUAGGGAGUCAGUGGGAGGAUCUUGAUGUGUCUGGUGUUGUUGAGAAGAUGCUGCGUUGAGGAUCACGCAGCAUUUCCAGGAUAUUGGUAAGACAGCAGAAACUAAAUCAUCUUAGCAAAGUCACAGAAAUCAACAAAACAAACCUGAGAGAGAAAAUUCAACACAUAGCAGAAGGAAUUUCACCACAAGGAAAACUGACCCUUUUGAAUGAGAUCUACACAUAGCUCUACAUCACAGAGGGUGGUAGGGGAGAGGUCAAUAAUGAACAUGAGGUCAGACAGAUUGAAAUGAUCUCCAAGAGACAAACUUCUCAUGAGACUCCAAUGAAAUGCAACGACAUAUUUAAAACACUUCCUGGACAAAGAAAACAAAUCAGAACAGUGCUGACAAAGGGUGUAGCUGGAAUUGGAAAGACUGUCUCUGUGCAAAAAUUCAUUCUUGACUGGGCUGAAGGAAAAGCCAAUCAAGAUAUCACAGUCAUAGUCCCUCUGCCUUUCAGGGACCUUAAUCUGAAGAAAGACAAAAACAGUCUCACCCAACUCUUCCAUAAUUAUGUUCCAGAGCUGAGUGGUAAAAGAGUAAUUGGCAACAAUAAGGCCAAAAUGCUCCUAAUUUUUGAUGGUUUGGAUGAAUGUCGACUUCCUUUAGAUUUCCAGAACAAUGAACUUUGCUGUGAUGUGACACAGUCAACCUCAGUGGACGUGCUGCUGACAAACUUCAUCAAGGGGAAUCUGCUUCCCUCUGCUCUCCUCUGGAUAACCUCUCGACCAACAGCAGCCAAUCAGAUCCCUCCUGAGUGUAUCCACCAGGUCACAGAGAUCUGUGGAUUUAAUAAGCCCCAGAAAGAGGAGUACUUCAGGAUGAGAAUCAGUGAUCAGAGACUGGCCAACAGAGUCAUCAAACACAUCAAGUCAGCGAGGAGCCUCUACAUCAUGUGCCACAUUCCAGUCUUCUGUUGGCUUUCAGUCACUGUGCUUGAGAAUAUGAUGAGUGAUGCAGGCACUCGUGCAAUCCCCAAAACACUGACUGAGAUGUACACACAGUUCCUGCUCAUUCAGAUCAGUUUGAAGAAUAAGAAGUACCAUGGAGCCACAGCAAAAAACCCAAAGAAGCUGUCUCAGUCAGACAAAGAGAUGAUUCUGAAACUGGGAAAACUGGCUUUCCAACAGCUGGAGAAGGGUAAUCUGAUAUUCUAUGAGGAGGACCUGAGAGAGUGUGGCAUUGAUGUCAGUAAAGCAUCAGAGUACUCUUCAUUGUGUACAGAGAUCUUUAGAGAGGAGCUGGGAUUGUACAGGGAGAAGGUUUUCUGUUUUGUACAUCUGAGCAUUCAGGAGCAUCUUGCUGCAGUGUAUGCACAUUUUGCAUGUGAGAAUGAGAACAGAAAUGUUUUCCAAAUAUGGGGAUCCAGAUUUGAAGGGGACCAACUGCAAAUGGUUGAACUACACAAGAGUGCAGUGGAUAAAGCCCUCCAGAGUAAAAAUGGACAUCUGGAUCUUUUCCUCCGCUUCCUUUUUGGCCUCUCAGUGGGCUCCAACCAGACACUCCUACGAGACCUCAUGAUAGGAAAAAGUUCAAACAUUAGGAAACGUAUCACUGUAGAGACAAAUCAAUACAUAAAAAUGAAGAUAGGAAAGGAAUCAUCACCAGAGAAAGUCAUCAAUCUGUUCCACUGUUUAACUGUCCAGUCAGUGAACUCACCCCUGAGAGAGCUGGAUCUCAACAGCAACAAUAACCUGACAGAUUCAGGAGUGAAUAUGCUCUGUACUGGACUGAUGAGUGAAAAUUGUAAACUGCAGAAAGUAGGCGUGACAGCCUGUAACCUGUCGUCUGAAUCCUGUGAAACUCUGGCCUCAGUUCUCCAGUCAGUGAACUCACCCCUGAGAGAGCUGGAUCUCAGCCACGAUAGCUUGACAGAUUCAGGAAUAAAGCAGCUUUGUAAUGGACUGAUGAGUGAAAACUGUAAACUACAGAAACUUGGUCUCACAGAGGGCAGCUGUAAAAAUUUGGCCUCGGUUCUGAGUUGUCCUUACUCUAAGCUGAUAGAACUGGAGCUGAAAGACAAUGAUCUGCGGGAUUCAGGAGUGAACCUGCUCUCUGCUGGACUGAAGGAUACACAGUGUAAACUGGAGAAACUUGGGUUGUCAGGUUGUCUAAUCACAGAGGAAGGCUGUGCUUCUCUGGCCUCAGCUCUGAGAUCAAACCCCGCACACCUGAGAGAACUGGAUCUUAGCUACAAUCAUCCAGGCACUUUAGGAAAGAUGUAUCUUUCUACUUUAAAGAGGGAUCAACAGUGUAAACUGGAGAAAUUAGAGUAA